AUGGCAGUGUUAAGGAUUUUUUGGCUGCUUCUACUAUACUUCCAAGUAAUUCAAGGGAUCAAAGUGGAUAGUCCCAGCCAGGAAGGAGGUUCUACUUCUACGCUAAAUCCCCCAGUUUAUAGAGUUUCCAAGCCGGAACCCAAACAACAUGAAAAUCGGGUUCCUCCUCAUCUGCAGGAUAUUCGUCCUGGUUAUGUGGACGAUGAUGCGGGGGAUGUGAUCAGAAUUAUAGAGCCUCCUCAGCAUUUUCAGCAGCUAAAAAGAUUACGUCAGAGGCAACCUUCCAAUCCUCCUGUAAUCUGGGAACAACCAAGAAAACUGGCCACCAACAGGGUUAAGAUAAUAAACCAAGGCGACCUCCUCACCCAAGAAACCCAGCUGCAAAGCGGCCCCAAUCAGCUGCAAAUACCCAUGGAAAUUCUGGCCUCAGUGCGGAAAACAGAGCGUCUUUUGCAGCGACAGAGACAAAAGUUUCCGCAAGUAAGACAACGUCAUAUCCAAAGGCAAAGUCAUACGUUAAUAGCCCAAAAAUCACUGGAACAGCAGCUCUACCAACGUGGCCAACAGCAAAGGCUGAGAGCGGUUUUGAGUCGCCAACAAGAGCACAAGAGAAGUAAAAGAAAUAGAAGGCACGUUGCAGAGGUUCCAGAGAAAAGAAAGGAUAAAUAUGAUGUACAAAAAGGUUUAAAAUUGGUGGCUCACAUAGGAGACCUGCUGAAAAAUGCCACGCAAUAUUUACCCGACGACGACGGGGUCACCAAUGAGCUGAAGACGGGGUCACCUAACAGCUGCAGCAAUGCUGCAACCAAUUGUCAGGCAAAUCGGCGACGUCGCCAAAGGCUUUUCAAGCAGCAAGUCAAGUCAGCAGAGCGGGAAAAAUUAAAGGAGAGGCGGCGGUUUAACUUCCGGAACGAGCCAACAAAAACAACAACAACUACAACUCAGGCGACAAUAACAACUACAACUAAUGGCAAAUUGGGGUUUUCAAGUGUCAAUUCAGUGGCGGAUUUAACUUCCGUAACUUCCGCAACUCCGCUGGCCAGUCGCCUGGUGAAUUCACGCAAAUCCAAAUCCAAAUCACCUAAGCCAAAAACCAACCGCAACGAUGACUCCAUACUCUAUGCGGAUGUUAUGACGAAUAUACGCAAUUUGUGGCAGGAGCACGAUCUCUUGGAGGCGACGGCUCCCAAGUUUAUUGCACCCGGCGAGGUGGCCAACAACACGGACUAUCGCUCGCUGGAUGUUUAUCUCAAGGAACUAGAUGAUUUGGCCAAGAAGCUACCCACAGUGGCUCCAAUAACUGGCUUAAAUCAAGAGGAACUGCAGAGGGCCACUCCGACGCCCAGUUGGUAUCUGAUUAACUCGGAGGGCGGAAUUUUUGAGACCCGACUGGAUAGCCAGACGAAACCCUCUUCGUCGCUCUUCCAUCGGUUCCCCGACAUGCCCAACCAAAAUCAGAGUGUUUCCACAUUGGACUUGGAGUAA